ACAGAGUAUAAAUAGGGGUACCGUGGCGGGGAGACCGGCAGAAACGCGCGGCUUCUCAGAGUGGGAACGUUUUGACACAGAGUUUCCUCGUAGCUGAGGAGAGACCAGGACUCGCGCGCUACGUGCGCGAGGCGAAAGGUGCGUGUGAAAAGAGAAAGAGAGGAAACGAGAGAGAGAGAAACGGAGGAAGGAGGUUCGAUGUGCCGUGUGAUAAAGCGAGAGAAUGUUGGCGGAAAAUGUAUUUCGAAACUGAGUGAACAUAGAUAUCGCGUGCAGCGUGCAAACGUGCUUAGCGAGUGCGAGAAUCUGAGUACGGUGUCGAAGGAUCGCAAGCAUGGUGAAUAUGGAGGGUUCGAGUGAGCAGCAUACUGUGACAGCUUCGCCACCGCCACGGGCUGCUCUCAAGAGCAACUUCAGCAUCCGUAGCAUUGUGCCCGAAGCGUGCGCCGGGACUCCCGCGCCGUCGGCCAGCCAGUCGGACUCGUCCGACGUCGGUCACGCCGACGACAGCGACGAUUGCAGCGAUCUCGACGUAACCGGUGGUGGCGCGGAAACGCCGCCUUUGGAUUGCUCGACCAGUGCAACGUCCGUCAGCCCGUCGAGCCAAAAGGACUCGAAGGAGCAGGCGGAGGACAAGAAGAAGACGGAUAAGCCACCGUAUAGCUACAACGCGCUAAUCAUGAUGGCCAUUCGACAGAGUCCCGAGAAGCGACUGACCCUGAACGGCAUCUACGAGUACAUAAUGCGCCACUUUCCCUACUACGAGAACAACAAGCAAGGCUGGCAGAACUCGAUUCGACACAAUCUCUCGUUGAACAAGUGUUUCGUCAAGGUACCUCGUCACUACGACGAUCCGGGCAAGGGCAACUACUGGAUGCUGGACCCGAGCUCCGAGGACGUGUUCAUCGGAGGCGCGACGGGCAAGCUCCGACGCAGAACCACGGCGGCCUCCAGGUCGCGACUGGCGGCCUUCAAGCGGAGCGUGGUCCUCGGUAGCCUUUAUCCAACCCCUUACCCGUCACCGGGCUGGCCAUCGUCGCUCUACGCUCUGCCUACGCCGCUCUGUCUUCACCGUACCGUCGCGUAUCCAUCGGUCACCGCCGGCUCUUAUCCCACCCCCGCCGGAUAUCCGGCCAGUUUGCUGCCAGGAGCGGCCACCACUUCGUCGGCGACGAGCCUGCCUUGCAAACCGCAGCCUCUCCCGGCGACGGCGGCGCCUCCGACUCACGGAGCCUUCUCCGUCGAGAGAUUGCUGCAAGCGCCUACCGGCUAUCCCGGCGGCAUCGGCCUACCGGAAAUUCGGACGUCCGGACUCUCGCAUACGGGCAAUCCCUACCAGGAUUUCUAUAGUACCCUCAGAUCUAUUACGAUACCACCGAUACCGGCGUCGAUAUUUCACCAGCAAUCGAGAUAUCUCGGCCAAGCGUCUCAAGUUCUAAGUCAGCCUCCCUCUAGUACGGCUUCGCCCGGAAGCAGUCCAGAGCCGAUGGACCCGCACUCGCCGCCGGUUACCGUCUGCAAUUCCGUUCAGCCCUCGAGACCGCUGCCUCACAGUCCGCCGCAGCUCCUUCUAAAACCCAUCACCGUCCUCACCGGCCGACAAAGCUGAAUCGUAUUCUUCAACAACGGCCACCUCCAACGAGAGCGCAGCGCGAUCUCACCCUGCAUGUAAACAUCUUGUCAUCUAGAUCUUACGGAUGAGAGUAACCGAAACUUGACAUCAAUUUAGCUGGACUAAAUUUCCUCUCGGCCUCUCAACCUUUCCAAAUUUGUACAUAUUACUUUUAUCUUACCUUAUUGAUAGGACUCAUGUUUUCACUAUUAUCUAGUAGCAAAUUUAUAUUUAUUAUAUAAGAGAAAUUUCUUUCUCUCAACAAGAAUGUAACGUAUCGACCGAUAUGUUAUUAUCUGUAUACCAAGUAAUAUAAUAUUUAUAGCGUCAUUUUGUGAUUUCAGUAUUCUCAGAAUGCGAAUAGCAAUUUAUACUCAACUUGUAUAAUUGUCGAUAAUUGCGGUCAGUGUAUAUUUCAACUCAUUUUCCCGUUUGUACGUACCUUCUCUCGCAUAUAAUUAAUAAUGCAAUAAUUGCUUCGCCUGUAAAUGUCAUAUCAAACGACAUAUCGUCGGUGGAACUUUACCAAAAUGUUAAAUAUUUUGAGAUGAAAUCUCAAUAACUUUGGAGAUAUAGAAAAAACCGAUAUAAUUAUAUAUAAUAUAGUUAUAUACAAGUUUAACUCGUGAUCUCUCUUUGGUGGUUCUAGCGUGUACAUACAGCAUCAAUUAAUCGAUAAUUAUGUAUAGUCGGAUUUAUAAAUAGUCAUUUGCAGCUUGUUAUUACAACGUGUACAUAGAAAUUAUUGUUGCUAAAGAUAUUACGAAUAUAUUAUAUAUGUACAUAGUACGCUGAAAUCACAAUUAAACACCUUGAAAAAAUACUUAUAUAAUGUAUGAUGUCAGCAAAAUAAAUGUCCGCUCCAAAUUUUUUGCAAAAUUCCAUGUCGCAAUUAAUAUUUAUUUUACGACGCGUCGCAAAUAUAUUGCCAUACAAUGUACAUUAUAUAAUUUGUACAAAAUUAAAAUAGGUAAUUUUUCUUUACAAAAUAUUACAAAACGUAUCAAUAUUGUACAGUGUAUUGUAAUAUACGUAAUCUUUAUUUUUACUUUUUACAUUAAUUUUUUAUGGUGACCAAACCUCGUUAAUAACAUAUUACACUACUCUUUUUGUCAAUAAAAAAUUAUUUAAACAUGUUGCCAAGAAACAAUUAUGUUUACUCACGCAUGUGUUUUUGUCACUAUUCGUCGUCUCUAAAACGUGACCGUUGCUCCUCAUGGGAGACGAUUCGACCAGACAAAAGCAAUUUUCCCUGAAAUUUGAAAGAAACUCGCAUGUCAUAACCGCUCGUAAAAUUUAAUAGGCAGAACCCAUCGAGUGUCAAAACACAAUAUAGGACAAAAGUUUGACACUAAGACGAGAAAUACGCACAAUGAUACAACGUUUAGAAUUAGAUGGACGUACGGGCCACUGCUUUAGUGCUGCCAUAACUUUUUAGCCUUAGUCUAGCCCCAUAAACUACACCUCGGGCUGUCUCCUUUACCGUGUUCCCUUUUUGACUUUUGACUUGGCAACCACUUGUUCGUAGGGAACACAAAAGAACAAAACUCUCAAACACAAAUUCCAUAAUUUAACGUUUCUUUUAAAGUUGUCAGUUAAAGGUGAAGAAAAGAAAAACAUAGAUCAUUAUUCAGUAAAAGUCCUAUUUUACUGAACACAGUAGCUAUUAAAGAGUUUGAUGUAUCGUUUAAAAACGUGUCACUCUUCAAUGUGAUAGAAAUACUUGUAGAUAUUAAAAGAAAAAUUUGACAGUGUGCCUUUAAUUUAAAAGAUGAUAAAAUUCCGGACUCUCGAAUUUGUCUAUGUG